CUAAUUCCCAGUCUCCUUUCAUCUAUUCCAGAGGAAGACGGAAGAGAUGGCGUCCGAUCUUUUGAUACCUGGAGUUAUUGCUGCGUUAGCGCUGGUCUUUCUUGUCCUUUCUUUUAUUGGCUACAAACUGAAGAUUCACCUAAAGUUUCUCUACAAGCUUGAUGAGCAUUCCACGCAUCAUGGCGGUGAGCUAGUUGCAGAUGUGUUGAAGGCUCAUGGUGUCAAAUAUGUGUUUACAUUGGUUGGUGGUCACAUUUCCCCUAUUCUUGUCGCUUGCCAAAAUUUAGGAAUCAGAGUUGUGGAUACCAGACAUGAGGUUACUGCAGUGUUUGCGGCAGAUGCAGUUGCCAGAUUAUCGGGAGUUGUCGGUGUUGCUGCUGUUACUGCAGGUCCAGGACUCACUAAUACAGUAACAGCUGUAAAGAAUGCCCAGAUGGCAGAGUCUCCCCUACUCCUGAUUGGUGGGGCUGCCGCUACGCUUCUCAAGGGUAGAGGUGCACUGCAGGACAUAGACCAGAUGUCUCUAUUCAAACCACUUUGCAAAUACUGUGCUACCAUAACCAGAGUUGCAGAUAUCAUCCCUGUGCUGUGUGAGGCUUUGAAAGUUGCUCAGUCAGGCACUCCAGGGCCAGUUUUUGUUGAGUUUCCUAUUGACACCCUGUAUCCUUAUUCUUUGGUGAAGAGAGAAUCAGGCCUCAAGGAGGAAGCCAAAGGUUUAUCACAGAAAAUUGUAAAUUGGUACAUCUCAAACCACUUGCAUGUUUUAUUUGCUGGUGCCUGGGAGCGGCAACAGAUCACUCCUCUGCCUGUGAAACUACCACUGCCUACCAAGCCACAACUUUCAGAGUGUGUAAACAUUGUGUCCCGCUCUCGUAAGCCUGUUAUACUACUUGGCAGCCAAGCGACCCUGCCUCCAAUUCCAGCAGAGAAAUUAAGAGACUCACUUGAGGCACUUGGUAUCCCAUGCUUCCUGGGCGGAAUGUCAAGGGGAAUGCUUGGAAGGAACAGUAAGCUUCACAUUCGACAGAGGCGACGAGAUGCCCUCAAAGAAGCUGAUGUUGUUAUCUUAGCAGGUACUGUGUGUGACUUCAGACUAUCAUAUGGACGUGUGCUAAACAGGAAAUCCAAGAUCAUUGCGGUUAAUCGAAGUCAUAGUCAGUUGUAUAAGAACUCGGACAUGUUCUGGAAGCCCACUGUUGCCAUUCAAGGAGACCCUGCAUCUUUCCUUUGCUCCCUGUGUGAAGCGCUGAAGGGAUAUGAAAGCCCUAAAGACUGGGUGGACUCACUCAAAGACAGGGACUUGCAGAAAGAAAGUGAUAAUAGGCUGAAGGCAGAGGAAGUCCCUGCUCAGCACCUCAACCCCAUGAAGCUACUGAACAUUGUAGAGCAAGUGAUGUCUAAAGAUUCUGUUAUUGUGGCUGAUGGUGGUGAUUUUGUUGGCACGGCCGCCUACAUCCUCAGGCCGAGAGCCCCCUUAUCAUGGCUAGAUCCAGGUGCAUUUGGGACACUUGGUGUUGGUGGUGGGUUUGCUCUUGGGGCCAAGCUGUGCCGUCCAGAUUCAGAUGUGUGGGUGAUGUAUGGUGAUGGGUCACUAGGGUAUAGCAUAGCGGAGUUUGACACCUUUGUAAGGCAUAAGACACCAGUCAUAGCUCUUGUAGGAAACGAUGCAUGCUGGUCUCAGAUAGCUCGGGAACAAGUGCCGUUGUUUGGUUCCAGCAUAGCAUGUGAUCUCGAGUACACAAAUUAUGAGCAAGUAGCUGAAGGAUAUGGGGGAUAUGGUUUAAAGUUGGGUGCCUCAUCUGAAAGAGAAAUCAAAGACAUUCUUUCCAAGGCACAAGAAGUUUCUCGGCAGGGAAAACCUGUUCUUAUAAAUGCUCUGAUUGGGAAGAGCACAUUCCGUGAAGGUUCAAUAUCAGUGUAAAAGAAAGAAUUUUUUAUAAGAACUUUAAAAAACUGUAAUUUAACAGUUGUUUACCGCAGGGGAGCCUUUUGAUUACAAGGUUGUGAGAUUAUGGGAAAAAGGGUUUUGAUUAUAACUGAUUAUAAAGUUUCUACAAAUAUUAUAUAAAAAACAGUAUUAGGGUAUCAAAUAUAAAGACGUAUGCUUUA